UUCAACGUUUAUUUAUUUUUGGGACAGAGAGAGACAGAGCAUGAACGGGGGAGGGGCAGAGAGAGAGGGAGACACAGAAUCAGAAACAGGCUCCAGGCUCUGAGCCAUCAGCCCAGAGCCUGACGCGGGACUCGAACUCACGGACCGCGAGAUCGUGACCUGGCUGAAGUCGGACGCUUAACCGACUGCACCACCCAGGCGCCCCAUGUUUUUUUUUUUUUUUUUAAAUCAUGCUUCACUGUGUUCAUAUCUUGACAUUUAUCCUGCUGUGAAUUUAUUGAGCUUGUUGAAAUUGUCUCUUUUUUCCACAUAUGUAAGAAGUACAAACCUUUAGUUUUUUAUGUAGGCUCUCUGCCCCCUUUCAUUCUCCUCUCCUUAUGGGAUCCCCUUAAUUUACAUUUGGACCUCUUUUUUGUGUGUCACUUGAGUCAUGUAGGCUCCAUCCUUUUACAUAUUUUUCUAGUCUCGUCCCACUAGAUAAUUUAAAACAAGGUGUCUUUAACUUGUCUGAUUCUUUUCUGCUUGAUCAAGUCCAUCCCCCACCCAACACCCCACCAACAACCCUCAGUUUGUUCUCUGUAUUUAAGAGUCUCUUAUGGUUUUCUCCCUUUCUGUUUUUAUCUUGCAUUUACUUUCCUCCCCCUGUGAUUAUCUGUUUUGUUUCUUAAAGUCUAAAUAUGAGUGAAGUCAUAUAUUUUUCUUUUUCUGGCUGACUUAUUUCACUUAGCAUAAUACACUUCAGUUUCAUCCAUAUUGUUCCAAAUGGCAAGAUUUCAUUCUUUUUGAUCGCUGAGUAAUAUUCCAUUGUUAUAUAUAUACCACACCUUCUUUAUCCAUUCAUUAGUCGAUGGACAUUUGGACUCCUUCCAUAUUUAAGCUAUUGUCAAUAGUGCUGCUAUAAACAUUGGGGUGCAUGUGCCCCUUUCCUGUAUCCUUUGUAUAAGUGCAAUGGCUGGGUUAUAGGGUAGUUCUAUUUUUAUUUUUUUGAGGAAACUCCAUACUGUUUUCCAGAGGGGCUGCACCAGUUUGCAUUCCCACCAGCAGUGCAAAAGAGUCUCUCUUUCUAUGCAUUCUUGCCAGCAUCUGUCAUUGUCUGAGUUGUUAAUUUUAGCAAUUCCGACUGGUGUGAGGUGGUAUCUCAUUGUGGUUUUGAUUUGUAUUUUCCUGAUGAUGAAUGAUGUUGAACAUUUUUUCAUGUGUCUAUUAGCCAUCUGGAUGUCUUCUUUGGAAAAGUGUCUAUUUGUGUCUUUUGCCCAUUUCUUCACUGGAUUAUUUGGCUUUUUUUGGGUGUUGAGGUUAAUAAGUUCUUACUAGAUUUUGGAUACUAACCCUUUAUCUGAUAUGUAAUUUGCAAAUAUCUUCUCCCAUUCUGUCUGUUUUGCUGUUUGUUUUUUAGUUUUGCUGUUUGUUUCCUUCCCUGUGCAGAAGAUUUUUAUCUGGAUGAAGUCCCAUUUUUGGUUUUGUUUCUCUUGCCUCUGGAGACAUGACAAGUAAGAAUUUCAUGCGGCUGAGGUCAAAGAGGUUGUUGCCUGUUUUCUCCUCUAGGAUUUUGGUGGCUCCCUGUCUUACAGUUAGGUCUUUCAUCUAUUUUAUUUUUGUGUAUGGUGUAAGAGAAUCGUCCAGGUUAAUUCUUCUGCAUGUCGCUGUCCAGUUUUCCCAACACAGUUUGCUGAAGAGACUGUCUUUAUUCCAUUGGAUAUUCUUUCCUGCUUUGUCAAAGAUUAGUUGGCUGUACAUUUGUGGGAACCCAAUUCUGGGUUCUCUAUUCUGUUCAAGUGAUGCAUGUGUCUGUCUUUGUGCCAGUACCAUACUGUCUUGAUGAUUAAAGCUUUGUUAACACAGCUUGAAGUCUGGAAUUGUGAUGCCUCCAGCUUUGGUUUUCUUUUUCAACAUUACUUUGGCUAUUCUGGGUCUUUUGUGGUUCCACACAAAUUUUAGAAUUGUUUGUUCUAGCUCUAUGAAGAAUGCUGGUGUUACUUUGAUAGGGAUUACACUGAAUUAUGUAGAUUGCUUUGGGUAGUAUCAACAUUUUAACAAUAUUUGUUCUUCCAAUCCAUGAGCAUGGAACGUUUUUCCAUUUCUUUGUGUCUUCUUCAAUUCCUUUCAUAAGCUUUCUAUAAUUUUCAGUGUGUAGAUUUUUCACCUCUUUGGUGAGGUUUAUCCCUAGAUAUUUUAUGGUUUUUGUUGCAAUUGUAAAUGGGAUUGAUUCCUUGAUUUAUUUUUCUGCUGCUUCAUUAUUGGUGUAUAGAAAUGCAACUGAUUUCUGUACAUUGAUUUUAUAUCUUGCGACUUUGCUGAAUUCAUGGAUUCACUUCUAACAGUUUUUUUUUUGUGGAGUCUUUUGGGUUUUUCAUGUUGUCAGUGAAGAGUGAGAGUUUGACUUCCUCCUUGCCAAUUUGGAUGCCUUUUAUUUCAUUUUGUUGUCUGAUUGAUGAGGGUAGGACUUUCAACACUAUGUUGAAUAACAGUGGUGACAGUGGACAUCCUUGUCAUGUUCCUGACUUUAGGAGGAAAGCUCUCAGUUUUCCCCAUUGAGGAUGAUAUUAGCUGUGGAUUUUUCAUAUAUGGCCUUUAUGAUGUUGAGGUAUGUUCCUUCUAUCCCUACUUUCUUGAGGUUUUUCAUCAGGAAAGGAUGCUGUACUUUGUCAAAUGCUUUUUAUGCAUCUAUUGAGAGGAUCAUAUGGUUCUUAUCUUUUAUUAAUGUGAUGUACUAUGGUGAUUGAUUAGGGAUAUUGAACCAGCCCUGCAUCCUAGGAAUAAACCUCACUUGAUUUUGGUGAAUAAUUCUUCUAAUGUAUUGUUGGAUCUGGUUGGCUAGUAUCUUGUUGAGAAAUUUUGUAUCCAUGUUCAUCAGGGAAAUUGGUUUGUAGUUCUCCAUUUUAGUGGGGUUUUUGUCUGAUUUGGGAAUCAAGGUAAUGCUGGCCUUGUAGAAUUAGUUUGGAAGUUUCCCUUCCAUUACGAUUUUUUGGAACAGCUUCAAAAGAAUAGGUGUUAAAUCUUUGAAUUUUUGGUAGAGUUCCCCCUAGGGAGCCAUCUGGCCCUGGAGUCUUGUUUGUUGGGGGAUUUUUGAUUACCAAUUCAGUUUCUUUACUGGUCUGCUCAAAUUUUCUAUUUCUUCCUGUUUUAGUUUUGGUAGUUUACAUGUUUCUAAGACUUUGUGUAUUUCUUCCAGAUUACCCAAUUUGUUGGCAUGUAAUUGCUCAUAAUAUUCUCUCAUUGUGUUUCUGCAGCGUUGGUUGUGAUUUCUCCUCUUUGAUUUGUGAUUUUAUUUAUUUGGGUCCUUUGCUCUUUCUUUGUGAUCAAUCUGGCUAGGUAUUUAUCAAUUUUGUUAAUUCUUUCAAAGAACCAGCUCAUGGUUUGUUUGCUAUUGAUCUGUUGUACUGCUUCUUUUUGUUUGUUGUUUUUUUCCCCGAUAUCAUUGAUUUCUGCUCUAAUCUUUUUUCUGGUUUGGGCUUUAUUUGCUGUUCUUUUCCCUGCUCCUUUGGGUGUAAGGUUAUGUUCUGUAUUGUGUUCCCUAUAUACUUCCUAUUACUGCCUUUACUGCAUCCCAGAGGUUUUUGGAUGGACUAUUUUCAUUUUCAUUGGCUUCCGUGUACUUUUUAAUUUCCUCUCUAAUUUCUUGGUUAACACAUUAAUUCUUUAGUAGGAUAAUCUUUAAUCUCCAAGUAUCCAUGGUCUUUCCAAAUUUUUUCUUGUGGUUGAUUUUGAAUUUUAUAGCAUUGUGGUCUGAAAAUAUCAUGCAUAGUUUUCUGAUAUCAUUUAGUUAUCUAGUUGUUUUCCAUUCUUCCUCCAUGAGCACCUUUAUGAUGUUUUUUUUUUCCUUUUUUUUUUAAGAUUUUAUAUUUAAGUGAUCUCUACACCCAUGUGAGGCAAGAACUCACAACCCCAAGAUCAAGAGUCACACGCUCCACCAACUGAGCCAGCCAGCUGUAUCUUCACAUGGCACCCUGAGCUUCCUGCCAAAGUCUUGCACAGAAGUUUCUUUUCAAAACAAGUCAAUGGGGAGAUGCAAACACAGCACCCUUGAGAAUUUACACUUAAUGAUAGACUGGGACAAUGCUGGUGAAAGUGAAGGGCAUCAAGGAUAUCACAAAGGACAUAUCCAAACUGAGACAAGUGCCCAUAAUAAGAAUCUCAGUGCCCAAAAUGGUGAAGAAUAUAAAGCAUUUUGGAAAAACCUUUUUAAGUCCAGCACUUCAGCAGUGCCAUGUGUUUCUGUAAGCAAAAGCUCAAAUCAAGUAUUGAAACAUACAUAUUUAUGGAAUGAAAAUUUGGAAGAUGUGGAAACCUACCUAGUGAAUGCUGAAAAUAAUUAUUUGAACUAUUUUGAAAAUAGAAUUAUGUUGACCUUUCAGUCCAAUAUUUCUGAAAGUCAGAGAUUUCAAGAUGAAGAAAAAAGUGCUAAGUGGCAUAAAUUUGGGAGGUCCUUUACUGAGCAGUUGACCCCACAAACUUACCAGAGCACUUAUAAUGAAGACACAAUUGUUCAAUGCAGUCAAUAUGAGAAAAAAUUUAACCACACCUCAAAUGUUAACAAACAUCUGAGGAGUCAUUUUCCAGAGAAGCAUUUUGAAUAUAAUAAAUGUGGGGAAGAUUUUUAUCAAAGCUCAAAACUUAUUAUACAUAAUAAGAAUAUGAGAGAGAAUCCUCAUAAAUAUAAUGAAUAUGAGAAAGCUCUUAACCAGUUCUCCAAUGUUGGUGAUCAUCAGAGGACUCAUGUGGGGAAAAACACAUACAGAUGUCAUAAACCUGGGAACAUGUUUAGUCAGUCAUCAAGACUAACUAUACAUAAGACAAUUGAAACUGGAGAGAAUAGGUACAUUUGUAAGGAAUGUGGCCAAACCUUUGACUCACACUCAAAACCAACUCAACAUCAGCAAAUACAUAGUGGGGAGAAACCUUACAAAUGUGAAGAAUGUGGUAAAGCCUUUAAGGACGGCUCAUCACUAAAUGGACAUAGGCGAAUCCAUACUGGAGAGAAACAUUACAAAUGUAAAGAAUGUGGCAAGGCCUUUACCCAUCGCUCAAGCCUUACUCAACAUCACAGAAUUCAUACUGGAGAGAAACCAUAUAGAUGUAAAGAGUGUGGUAAGGCCUUUAACCAGUACUCAAAAGUUAUUCAACAUCACAGAAUUCAUACUGGAGAAAAACCUUACAAAUGUAAAAAAUGUGGUAAGGCCUUUAACCUGCAUUCAAACCUUACUCAACAUCACAGAAUUCAUACUGGAGAGAAACCUUACCAAUGUAAAGAAUGUGGCAAGGCCUUUAACCAGCACUCACACCUUACUCAACAUCACAGAAUUCAUACUGGAGAGAAACCUUACAAAUGUAUAGAAUGUGGCAAGGCUUUUAAGAGGCACUCAAAUCUUAUUCAACAUCACAGAAUCCAUACUGGAGAGAAACCUUACAAAUGUAAAGAAUGUGGCAAAGUCUUUAAUGGUUAUUCACAACUUACUAUACAUCACAGAAUCCAUACUGGAGAGAAACCUUAUGACUGUAAAAAAUGUGGCAAGGCCUUUAAACACCAGUCAAACCUUACUCAACAUCACAGAAUCCAUACUGGAGAGAAACCCUACGACUGUAAAGAAUGUGGCAAGGCUUUUAACCAGCACUCAAACCUUAUUCGACAUCAAAGAAUUCACAUUAUAUAGAGACCUUUAAAAUGAAAGAACCUGGCAAGGCCUUUACCCAGGACUCAAGCCUUACUCAACUAUCGCAGAAUUCAAAGUGGGGAAAAUCUUUACCAAUGUAAAAAAAUGUGGGAAGGCCUUUAAUCACUGUUCCACCUUUAGUCAUUAUCAGAAUUCAUACUGGAGCAAACCUUACAGAUUUUAAAACUGUGAGAAUUUGUAAGGAUGUUCAACACUUACUCCACAUCAGAGAAUUAAUAUUAGAGAUUAAUGAUACACAUGUAAAGACUGUUAUAAGAUGCUUAAGCUGUGUAAACCCUGAUUCCUGACCACAGAAUGUGUCCUAGAGAUGAUUUUACAAUAUAAAAUAUUUGGCACGCCCUUUAAUCCAUGUUUAAGUCUCAAUUGACACCAGAGAAUUCAUACUAGAGGGGAACUCUAUAAAUAGGAAAAAUGUGGUAACAUUUUUCAGACUGCUUCAGCCUUACUUAGCAUCACAGAGGUCAUUCUGAGGAGAAGCAUCACAGAAUGCAAAGAAUGUGGCAAACCUCUAGCUGAAACUCACAAUGUACUUAACAUCAUGGUUAUGAAACAAGAAAAAACUGUAAAAUGUAAAGAGAGUAGCCUAGCCUUUAAUUGCCAUUCGAUCGUUAUUCAUGAGUACCCCAAAAUGAACGCUUGGUUCAAUCCCUACAAAUGUAGUGAAUUAGCAAAGACCUUCAUUUUAAAUAUAAACUUUAGAAAACAUCAAAAAAAAAAUAAAGUAACUUGGAAGAUAUAAAUAUUUAGAAAUGUAUUUAAUUGAAUAUCAAAUGUCACAAAUUCACAGAAAGCACAUCAGUCACUCUAUUCAGACAUUACAUCAAAAGAUUUAUAAGGAAUAAUGCAAAGUUCAACACUUAGAAAAUGUAUAUGCUAUUUUGUUUCAAAAGAUAGAAGAGACAGAUUUUUGCAUAGGUAUAAUUUCAAUAUGUUUUUGUUUUACAUUGACCUUCUUUAAGAUUUGUGACUAGCAAAUAUUGGUGUAUUUCUAGUUUCAUAUCACUCUAGAAAAUUCAUUUAUUCUUACGGAGGUGUAAAAGUAUGUGGCUGAUUGUUGCUGCAUCAAAGAUAUGAGAUGCCCUUCCUUAGGUGGGACUCACGCAUAUCUAAUUUUCCAUGGAAGAUGAAGGACAAUAUGAUGUGCAAUAUGUGUAGAAAAUCUAAAUGGAGAUGCCAUUUGUGGUUAUAACAUUGAAGGAAUUUCGUGAAAGAGGUGUUCAAAGCAUCAUCCUUCUCCAUUUAUUAAAACUAACCAUGGUUCUCAGUGUUAGAAAUAAAAUAUUUUACUAAUUGGUCUCUAAGGAAAAAGAGGUGGCAGUCUAGUAAAGUACUGAUGAAAUUUCAUAAUAACAAUAGAAAUAGAGAAUAUGAAUCAAUGUGGUUGGAAUGAAAUCUUCACAGAUAUCACAAAGAGGAUAGCUAACUCUUCCCUAAAGUGGCAUAGGAUUGUACAUUCACAUUUUUUAAGAAUAACUUCAGGUUUGGAAGAGGUUUAGUAUGCAAAAUUAAGCUGUUAACAACUGAAAGUAGACUAUUAUGUUUUCUUUAAGCCUCGUGGUAACCAUAAAAUGAAAACCUGUAGUAGAUACACAAAAGAUAAAAGGAUGGAUGUAUACCAUGAUAGAAAUCAUCAAAUCACAAAUGUAAAGAGCAAAUGAAUAAGAAAGGGCAGAUAAUUCUAAAACAGCCAAAAAACAAUGAAAAUAAUGUUUCCAGAAUUUGAUGUGUGUGGGAAAAUACUGUUGAAUAAAGGUUGUAAUUUACUGUA